AAUACUGGACUACCGCGUAAAAUUUAACCAACGUUUUCAAUUAAAUCACAUUAUUAGCUUAGAGAAACACAAUAAUUUUAUAAAAAAUUAUAAUAAUUAUUAUUGUUUCUAUAUUGAAAAAUGAAUGACUCUGACACCUAUAAGUCGUAUUUAAAGCGCACCGUAUAUGUAGGUGGGUUAGCUGAAGAAGUGGAUGAUAAAGUAUUGAAAUCUGCGUUCAUUCCAUUUGGUGAUAUUGUCGACGUUCAGGUAAUGCACAAUUUAAUUUUAAUUAAAUGAAUAGUGUAAUUUAUUAUUAUUAUGAAUUCAGAUGCCACUAGAUUAUGAGUCAGAGAAACAUCGUGGAUUUGCAUUUGUUGAAUUUGAGCAACCAGAUGAUGCCCUCGAUGCUAUAGAUAAUAUGAACGAAUCUGAGAUUUUUGGUCGUACUAUCCGUGUCAAUUUAGCCAAACCUCAAAAAAUUAACAGGGGUUCAACUAGACCAGUAUGGUCUGAAGAUGACUGGCUUGUUCAGUAUGCUGGUAAGACUCUUGAACCCAAAGAUGACAAAAAAACGGAAGAUGACAAAAAUAAAGAUGAAAUGAAGAAUCCUCAAGUUUAUUUAGAUAUUAAAAUUGGUAAAAAAGAUGCAGGUCGAAUUAUUAUAAUGCUACGAGCUGAUAUUGUGCCACGCACAGCAGAAAAUUUCCGUUGUUUAUGUACACAUGAAAAGGGUUUUGGGUUUCAAAACACGACAUUUCACCGAAUAAUACCAAAUUUUAUGUGUCAAGGUGGUGAUAUAACUAAUAACAAUGGUACAGGUGGACUGUCAAUAUAUGGAAAAAAGUUUGACGAUGAAAAUUUUGAACUAAAACAUACAGGCCCAGGAGUUUUGUCCAUGGCUAAUUCUGGUCCAAAUACAAAUAGUUCACAAUUUUUUCUUUGUACUGCUCGUACCGAAUGGUUGGACAAUAAGCAUGUUGUAUUUGGUCAUAUAAUAAGUGGAAUUGAUGUUAUGAAAAAAAUAGAAAAAUGUGGAACAAAAGCUGGCCUACCAACUGAAAAAGUAAUAAUUGGAUCUUGUGGACAACUGGCUUAAUGGAUUUAAUUUUGUAUUAUAGUAACUAAUGCAAUUUAUCUUACAGCAUGAAUUGUUAAUUAUUUAUAUAAAAUAUAAAUGUGUAUGUACAAGAUUUUUAGUUUUAUUAUAAUACAAAAUCGUGGUUUACCUCAGUUCAAUAGUUAAGUGCAUAGUUAUAAUCUUAAUCUUAAAUAAAA